AGUUAUUUGAGAUCCUUGGAGUUAUCAUGGGAGUGCAUACCCAAACUCUAGUCUCUGCAAAAUGGCUUGCAAAUAUGGUAAAAAGAAAUCUCGUUGGACCACAUUUGAGAAUCCUGGACACGUCCUGGUACCUCCCAAAGAUGAAACGAGACGGCAGGAAGGAAUUUGAACAAUCUCAUAUCCCAGGAGCGCUGUUUUUUGACAUAGACGAGUGUUCUGACAGGAGUUCAAAGUUCGACCAUAUGCUGCCAACAGAGCAGUUUUUUGCAGAUUAUGUUGGAAAUCUGGGCGUCAGAAACGACAGUCAUGUUGUUGUUUACGAUGCAAGCGACUUUGGGGUAUUUUCUUGCUCGAGGGUUUGGUGGAUGUUUCGAGUGUUUGGCCAUCCUCAUGUAUCUGUGCUCAAUGGGGGUUUUAAGAACUGGAUCAGAGAGGGUCACCCGGUCACGGGGACAUGGAACAGACCUGAACCCACCAAGUUCACUGCCACUAAGAACCGUUCAUGGGUGAAGUCGUUUGAGGACAUCACAAAUAACAUUUCAGCUCAGAGCUUUCAGGUGGUGGAUGUGAGGCCUUUUGCAAGAUUCAAAGGAGAGAAGCCUGAGCCGAGAGAGGGUGUCCAACCAGGCCACAUCCCAGGUUCUAAAUGCAUGCCUUUCAACGAGUUCCUAGAUGGUGAAGGCAUGAUGCUUCCCACAAAUGAGCUAAAGAAGUUCUUUGAGAAGUCACGAGUGGACCUGAGUAAGCCCAUGUGUGGGACCUGUGGGUCUGGUGUGACAGCUUGUCACAUGGUGCUGGCCGCUCAUCUGUGUGGUGCUCCUGGAGCGUGUGUGUAUGACGGAUCCUGGUUCGAGUGGUUCACCAAGGCUCCACCAGAGCACAUCAUCUCUGAGGCUAAAAGCAAGAUUUGAAAAGAUGGAGAAAACCAAUUAUCUUUCAGAAUAACAACGUCCUUCAAAACAACAUAAAACACGUUUCAUUUAUGUAUAAUGGAGUAUUUUUUAAAUGUUUGUCAAACACGUGUCACUCAUUUAUGUUUGCAUAAACUCUCACUCUCUUCUGCAGUGAAAUAACUUACAAUAAACUAAUAUUUU